CCUGUCUGCUGUUGGCGCGCUUUUGCUGUUUGCGACUUUGUGUUUGAAGUUUGAGCGGUUAGACUAGACUAGAUAGUCUCACACACUUACUGUCUAUGCUCACACACACAGAGAGAGAGAGAAGUGCAGCGAUGGAGCGCGUGAACACGAGCAGUUUCAGAGGAUUCCUGAGAUCUUGCGAAUAUUUUAAUGAGAAGAUUCGCUAUUCAUUACAGAAGAAACUCAACAAGCUCUUGAGCAGCCGGAGAAGAACAACGGGGAGCUUGGAAGACACAGUAAAGAAACUAAAGAAAAAAUAUGGAAAGAAAAAUGCAUUCAAAAGGAUCAAGUCCAUAGUGAAAAAAAUGAAGGAAAAAAAACAUAUCACAAAUGGUGACAGUGUUCAAACAGAUCACGGAAACAUGCCACUUCAUCAGCCAAACAACCUUCAACAACAACAGCAUAAUAAUAAUAAUAAUUCUACAUCACUCAGGCAACCAUCAAUUCAGAACCUUGACCAGCAUAACCUCACAAUUAGACAGGAGAAUGGUGGGUUAAUAGUUGCUCCAAACAUUGUAGGAAACAAUGCUCAGGAUGUUAACAUAAAUGUGUCCAUGGAACCUCCCUCUACCUCAGUAAACAAAAAUGAAAUUCUCCAGAAUGUGAGGAAUAAGAUGAAAUCAAGAAUGCUGCCUGACGCUGAGAGGACUUUUGAGGGAAGUAUACCACAGGCGGUCUCUCUAAACAGGAUCUACACUGAACUGUUUAUCAUCGAUGACGAGUCUGACCCCAUCAAUAGAGAACAUGAGAUCUGGCAGAUGGAGACGACACAAGAUUCAAACGCAUCAGCUCAGAGACACAUAAACUACAAUGACAUCUUUAAGCCACGCAUAAAUGAAAAUGUAAGCAUGAAGACCGUUUUAACUAAAGGAAUUGCUGGAAUUGGGAAAACGAUCACCGUACAGAAGUUUGUCCUUGACUGGGCGAACGGAGAAGCCAAUCAAAAUCUAGAUCUUGUGUUUCUGCUGCCGUUCCGAAAUCUGAACUUGCUCGAAGGAGAAAAGAGUCUAUUUGACUUGCUUUGUGACUUUUACCCUGAGUUUAAAGAGGCAAGACCGAUCUCUGAAUGGAUCUGUGAUAGGGAAGUUCUGCUCAUCUUAGAUGGUCUGGAUGAAUAUAAAAAGGACUUGAACUUUCAAAGCAGACUUCUGUCAGAUGUAACUACAGAAGCCACUGUGGAUGUCCUUCUAGUAAACCUUUUACGAGGAAAUCUGCUUUCAUCCGCUCGCCUGUGGAUCACCAGCCGGCCCGUCGCAGCUGGACAGCUGGACAAGAAGAUCUUCUUACGUGGAUACAUCACACAGAUCAGAGGAUUCAGAGAUGAGCAGAAGGAGGAGUACUUCAAGAGGCACCUCGAGGAUCCACAGCUAACCCAAGACAUCAUCUGUCACCUGAAGUCUCAAAAGAGCCUGUGGAUACUGUGCCACAUACCUCUGUUUUGUUGGAUUUCAGUGGUUGUUCUUAGAGACAUAAUUACAAGACAAAAUAAACAUAGGAACAUGCCCUCAAAUCUGACGGAAAUGUACAUCCACUAUCUGCUCAUUCAGACCGGGUUGAGCCAUGAAAAAUAUCAAGGGGCAGAACUGUCACAACAAGACGCUCUCAAGCAGCACAAAGAUCUGAUUAUGAAACUGGCAGAGCUGGCACACAGGCAGCUGAUGGAACAGAAUGUCAUCUUCAGAGAAGAAGACUUGAAGACAUGUAACAUCACUGUUGAUGAAGCGCAUCAAUAUCCCGGUGUCAUUACCUGUGUCACAGAGAACAAAUGUGGAUAUAUGAGGACAAAACUUUUCACCUUCAUCCAUCUCAGUGUCCAGGAAUUCUUUGCAGCCUUGUUUAAAUUUCACACAUUUCUAUCAGGAAAUCAAGACUCAAAAACAGCCAAAAAGAGAAAGAUCUUGAGAAAGACUAGAUUUUGUGAUAUUCUCAUAGAUGAGAUUAAUGAGGCCUUGCGAAGUAAAAAUGGACACUUGGAUCUUUUUAUCUGUUUUCUCUUUGGGAUUUCUUGCGAUUCCAGCAGAGAUCUACUUGAAGGACUCCUGCCUCCAUCAUGGGUCAGUCUUUCAGAUGAUCACAAGAAGGUGACCACGUACAUCAAGUCCUUGAAGAGGAAAGGCCUGUCCUCUGAGAGAUGCAUUAGUCUUGUUCGUUGUCUCGUUGAGCUCAAGGACAAGUCAUUUUUGCAGGAGAUGCGAGAUCUCGAACGCUCACGGUCCAAAGAGCCCCUCACACAGUUCCAGUGCUCGCUUCUGGCUUACCAGUUUGUAAUGUCAGAUAUGAAUCACGAUGAGUUUGACCUCAGGAAAUACAACAUCACGUUAGAAGGGUUUCAGAGAUUCUCCCCAGCCAUCACAUGCUUCAGAAAGGCUCUUCUCAAAGGAAGCGGAUUUACAGAGCAGCACUGUGAUGUCUUGACGCGUUACCUAAGGUCACCAAACUCUCACCUGAUUCAUCUUGACCUGAGUCACAACGAUCUGGGACGGUCCGCUCUGAACCAUCUUUCCACGGCGCUCUGUGAUCCCAAUUGCCAGAUUCAGACCCUGAACCUCAGCCACAAUGACCUCCAGAGUCAAGACAUGGAGCUGAUCAGGGAUGUGCUUUUAGGAGAAAAUAUGAAUCUGAGAUUGCUGGAGCUCAGCGACAAUCCUCUAGGUGAUUCAGGAGUGAAGAUACUCUCAUCUGGACUGAAGGGCACGAAAUGUCAUCUUGAAGUUCUGAAACUUUCAGGCUGUCAGAUUCAAGGAGGAGUUCAUCAGUUGAUGUCGUCUUUGAAAGCCAAUUCUUCAUCUCUGAAAGAGCUGGAUCUGCGGUAUAAUAAUCUUGGAAACAUCGUACAGGAAACUCUAAAGGAUGAGUCCCUGUGCUCAGUGAGAACAUCCACUGGAGUCUGCAGUCUACUACCAGGACUCUACAAAUACGCUGUUACGCUCACCUUUGACCCUCAGACGGCUAACGAACACCUCCAUCUGAACAAGAACAACACUGUGGCCACUCAUCAGAAGCAGAAACAGCAAUUUCCAGAUAAUGCCGAGAGAUUUGACUUGUGCAACCAGGUCCUGUGCCGCCCGGCGCUGUCAGAGCGCAGCUUCUUUGCGGUGGAUGUGAUUGGGCCAGACUUGCACGUGGGCGUGGCCUGUGGGGGAAUCGAGAGAAAGGGAGCAAGUGAUCGAGUAUGUCUUGGACGCAAUGAGAUGUCAUGGAGUUUAUAUUGCUCAGAUAGAGUAUGUGAAGCUCAUCACAACCAGAAAACUGUAUCAGUUCAAGCAGAGUCCUUUAGGAAGCUCGGCGUGUUCCUGGACCGGGAGGCUCGUUCUGUUUGCUUCUACAGUUUGAGCCCAAGGAUGAAACUCUUGUACAUGUUUGAUGCAGAUUUUCCUGAGGGCCACGACCUUUUUGCUGCGUUCAGGAUUCAGGAGCCAGGCUGUUUAGUCAACUUAAGACAAGAAUCGCUGUAACUGUAUCUAGAAUGACCUACAAUAUUCCCCUGCCAAACCUGAACAAACCAUCUAGAAACCACUCAAAACCAGCGGCAAGUGUUUAAACUUUUGAUGAACACUAAACAUCUGAUUCUCCAGCAGAAAUAAACUUAAGAGUAUUGUUUGAAAAAUGACAAUUACUGUAAUCAUGUACUGUCUCAUUUUCAUGUGUUUUCACUCAGAAAUGUUUAUGUUUCUAAGCCAAAACACUUUCAUGUAAUUCCAAAUAAAGACAUGA